AUGUAUUUCCCUCAUCUGGCCUUCCGCGACUUCCAUCCAUGUCAUACUCGUAGCUAUGUGCCUGAGCUUCGGGCGCUCCCAGCAGUGCGACGCUACGGCGCUGCUGGUCGCUUGUACAUCUGGGAGGGAGGCUGGACCUCGGCCUUGUACCUGGUCACCUUGGCAGUGCGUAGCGGUACUUCUGAGACGCCGCUCUGCAUGCACAACUCGCGGCUGCUAACCCCCCUGGAGCUUGCAUCUGUUCCCUUCCCAGGUACUGUACCUCCACUUCUGCACCAAGGCGCCCCUGAUUGGGACUAG